GAUAAACAGUUUCUAUCCGAACGGCGCGAGUUCAUUUCCGUUUUUCGAAGAGUGUGUGGUACGAUGGCGCGUCCGAAAUUCACGUUGUGUCCGCGCUCGUCGCUCGACCAGACGUUGCAUGUCUGAACGGGUCACGACCCCCUAAAAGCCGUUCCGAUUCCCCGUGCGUCGGUGAACGUAACAAUUAUGCCAGUUUAAUAAAACGUACGAUCCGAAUUCGACGAGGUAAAGCCCAUGUUGUGUACCUGCACUUGCAAAGACGGGACAAUCGAGUUGGUUUCGUUCAUGGUUCAGUUGGAUGUUGCACUUCCAAAUUGAACGUUACAAGUCGUGUUUACUUUCUAAUUCCGACUCUCGGAUGGUUUAUUUUAGUCGGCUUCGGUGGGAAAUGCAUCGGGAAGGAAGACUUACGUCGGCACCUGUCUUCGAUCCAUGCGGAGAAUAAAUUUUGAGUCUUACUUGACGUCUUAUUGCCCUUCCCGCCUUCCUUUUACAACCACAUCUGAAUAAAAACAACAAUAAAACUUCAACUCAACUUUGAAUAAAUCAAUCACUCCAUCCAUGCUGGCUUCAGUACCGUCAGUACUUUGAAAGCCACAAUGGAAUGAACAAAUUCAGAACUAAAACAAGCAAUUUGGGCACCAGUUUUAAUUUAAACAAGGGAGUACAUUGUGGAAAUUUUAGCCUCGAUCGCCGUCCACCCGCACGAUGCCGUAUCGUUGUUGAACUGGGGAACGAAGCAUGGAGACGGCGAUGAUUUCGCGUUUGAGGAAUGGCAGACAGAAGAUCGGCCACACGCGGCCGCAAAGGCAACGGCAGAUCGUCACGCGGAACCACGGCAUCGCGCACAGGAACAAUAGAUCGUCAACGAUCAGGUCGGGCAUAUUCAGGAACGGGGAUUUCGUAUGCAAGGCGAAGAAGUGCCGGAGGAGCGAUGAGGGCAGGAGGUGCAACAACAACGCGCAGGAUGCCAGCAAGUUUGUCAUCGGUGAUUUUACAAGACAAGUUUAUGAUGCAAUCAGCACCCACCUUAAGGGUAGCAAUACCCUCCACAUUCCCGAAGACAAUGUUCCAAACAUCCUCAAAGAACUGCAAAUAUUCACAUCAACACAGGAAGUGUCGAAAAUGCUUCAGUGUGCGAAACGGUACAAUAGAAAUGGGGCGUCCAAUGAUUCCAUCACGUUCGGCGAGUUCUGUCUGCUAAUCAGGGAGAUGCAAAACCAAACCAACCCGUUACAACACAGGAAGACGUCUCAACACAAAACGAACAACAAAUGUUUGAGCAAUUGUCAGGUUUUUUUGGGUGGUUCUUGCAAUCCAACCACAUGGAGGGCGGACACGGCGAUACCAGAACUGGAGAAGCAGGGGAUAUCUUUUUACAAUCCACAAGUGACAAUGUGGGCCCCAGAGCUAGUGGCACAGGAACAUGAUGCAAAGCAGGCAGCUUCCCUACUGUUAUUUGUGAUCGAUAGUCAAACUAGAAGCACAGUGGGUAUGAUUGAGGUAGCUUAUCUGGUGGCUUCAGGAAGAUGUGUUGUUGUAGUUGCUCAACCCUUUAUUAAGGGACAAAGUAUUAUGGGAGAAGUUAUUUCAGACCAGGAAUAUGUUGAUUUAGUUAAUGGACAGACCUGUUUGUUACAUUUAGUGAAAAGUAGAGGAGUGAAAAUCCAUUCAGAUCUGAAGAGUGCCCUGCAAUGUACCGCCAACUUUUUUAAAAAUGCUUCCUCUAGUAACACAACUCCUGAAGACCAAAUUACAGUAAAGCUCACAAAACUGAAACGAGAAUAUGACUCCUAUGGAGGACGUAUGAGCGUCGAGAACAUAUCGGACGUGUACAGGCGGCUAACUAAGAAGGAGGCGGAUCAGACGCAGGUGCGCAACUAUCUCAGCAAAUCGGAGCUCAACAACGGCACCAUGCCCUUCGACCGUUUCCUUACGGUGAUGGCGGAACUGGACGGCUGUGAUAUGUGCACCAGUGAUGUGUGGGCCAAAUCAACAAACAAUAAUAGCUGUGAUCUGGCGACUUCCCGUUUGGAAUGCCUGAACGAAAGGCCCCACGAGAACGUUGAGACGAACUCGCGACCUCUGGAACCGACGUACGACGUUUUCUUGGGCGGCGACAAAUCGGCAAUCAAGUGGUGCGACGAGAUUGCGAUACCUAGGCUCAAGAACCAGGGCAUAUCUUACUAUAAUCCCACCAUCAGAGAAGGUUUCCGACAAAAUGGGACGUCGAAUUUUACGAGCUGGGAUGUGAUGGAUGGGUGGAAGCAGGGGAUGGAUAGAAGUAGGAUCUUACUGUUUGUCAUAACGGGCGAUACAAGGGGGUUGUCGACCAUGGUUUUUGCCUCUCAUUAUUUAGCUGUCCGACCAGAAAAUGUCAUACUUUGUAUUCAGCACUUGUCAGUCGAUGGAUGCAACAUCGAUAACGAAAUGCUAACGAAGAUCGCCAUCAAAGACUACAACAGGGCUCGAGUAUACCUUGCCGACUUAGCAAAACGGAAGCAAGUCAAGGUAUUCACAAACAUAACCGAUGCGGUGCAAGAGGCGAUCGAGAGGAGUAAAAGUGGUAAAUAAUAGAGACGGGAAACGAUACGGAGUAAACACAUCACAAUGAAUCGCAUUAAGCGAAGCUCUCUUUAUAACAUAGACUCUUCUCAGUUUCGCUCUCUGAAUCCCCAUCGACAAAACCAAUGACAAAGCCGAACGGAUGAAGAAAGGUCAAACGGAGAAUUCCUAUGAUUAAAAUACGCUUUUUUACCGUUUUUGUUUAUUUAUUUGAUGAAGUGUUUUAUUGUAUUUGUAAAUUUGGGUUGAAAAAUGUCGAAUUGAAAAUUAACGCAAUUCACCCGGUAAUAACCAAUCACUCGAUGCUGCUAAAUAACAAUUUUAAUAAUUGUUUUAUUAAUAUAAUAUUUAUAACAACUAUGCUUGAAAUAAAGUAGUUUAAUUCGAGCUCUUCGAUUGUUACCGCAAUGAGAUUAUAUCAUAUCACUAUUGUAAAAUUGUUGGAUUUGUUUGUUAGUUCCUUUUUUGUGUAUGGCCAAUACUUAUUACACUGGUUUAGAGAUACAAUUGGUUCAAAGGGAAAAACACUUGGUAAUUUUAUUAGUUUGAUUCAAUUUUUAUCAGAGUUUUACAGCCAAGUGUUUUCAGCUUCCUUAUAUCUCUGACCUGUUAAUUUUUAAGUAUAGUUGUUGUGUUAACUAUUGAUAUUAUUGUAACAUCAUUGUUUCGUCACAUUUUUUGUUACUAGUGUUAAGUAUAGUUAAACGUUUAUACAAAACUUAUAAUUGUACAGUAGUUUAAAUUAUUAUACAUAUGUUUUUAAUAUAUUUAAUAUGUUGUAUGUGCAAUUUUUCGUUAUUAGUAAUGUAUAUAUUAAUUUAAUAGGCUGGUUAAACAACGGAGUACUUAAAAACCUAUAUCUAUUUUGUAUAUAAUUGCAUUUAAAUAUUUUUUUAAGUACUAUCAUUAAAUAAAUUGGUGCCUUUUUGCACUGGGUUACCGGCUGCAGUAACACAGUCUGUUAUACUUUGGGUUUAACUGACUACGUGUUUCGUUAAAUGUGUUGGUGUGGAAGGCCGUGCGAUUAUUGAGGGUAAUGGUCUUAUUGUGCCAUCAAAAAUCGCCCUGUCUACAUUAUUGGGAGGAUAUUAGUACAAGUUGGAAGUGUUUUUUAUAUAAUGACUAAUGAGAACGUUUUUAAAUGACAAGGAGAUCAGAUCGCAGUAUUUGGAGAUUUGUGAUGUACGACGUUUUCUAUCACGAUUGGUACUAAAUUGAACGAUCUUAAUUCAAUCUAACAAAAUAAGUUCUACCCCUAAUGUUUACAAUAAGUUUAAAUAUUUUAUAUUGUGAUAACUUGCCGAUUGUGUGUGAAAUGUUGUAUAAGUUGUGCAUCUGCAUGGAAUUUGUAAGAAAAGCUGCCGAAGUUUACACUAUUUGGAAUGAUGGCGAGAUAUGCAAAAUCUCGGUCGGAAUGCAAUGUACCUGAAUUAAUCAUACGUGAAGAAGGAUUAUUUAUAAUAAAAACGAGUUUCACAAAACAUGAGAUUUACGAUUCUUAUUAAUAUAAUAAAAUAAGCAUAAAUUAGUUAAGCUCAGUGUAAAUUUUUGUAAAAUAUUUAAAUUAAACUUUUGUGACAUUUUCGAUAA